AUGCAUAAACUCUUCGCAAAAAAACGAAUAUUCCCAUCGAAAUACUCAAAUCACCAGUUAACAGGAAUACCAACAAACCGCCAUUUUUUAGAAAUGACAUCGAGCGAACAAGCUACUUUAGUAGAUGAAUAUCCUAUUGAGUCCAUAUUAAACCAAAUUUCACCUUGGUUUGAUGUUGAAAAGACAAAAUAUGGAGGUAGAGGAUGUUUUGCAACUGAUUUAAUUCCGAAGGGAACAAUUAUUCAUCAAUGCUCAUCACCUGUUGGAUCAACCAUUGCAAAACCAUUCAAGAAAGAAGUCUGUACAAAUUGUUUUAAAUAUGAAUAUGGAAGUACUAUGAAAUCUAAAGUAUCUAAAAAAAUUGGCAAGAAUACUUAUUCGAUAUUUUUCUGUAAUGAUGAUUGUCUAAAAGAAUUCAAAAGUAAUGACGUCAAUGAAGUACUAUUGGAUAAUUUGAUUGAGAUAGAGAAAAACUAUCUACAAGGAUUAACCAAACAUGAAGAAGAAGCCAAAGAACCUAAAGAAUUGUCAAAGGAAUAUAUUGAAGAAUGGGAUAAAGUUUCAUCAUGGGAAUCUAAACUUGAAUCCAUGAAACCAACAAAACGUCAAAAUUUAAUCCCUAGAAUUGAUGAUAGUGAAUAUUUAGAAAUCAAAUAUGUCAUUGGAGUUUUAUUCAACAUGUAUAGAUGUCAUAACAUAAAAAUUUCAAAUUAUGAUUUUCCUGAACUCAAUCCACAAGAAGCAAAUCAAGUUGAAAUGGUACUAUUUGAUUUGUUGUAUUCUUCAGAGUAUGAAAAAGUUGAAAAGUAUCCUUAUUUGUUAUUUUCAUAUAUCAAUAUGUAUAAAUUCAUUAAAAUAUCAUGUACCAAAGAAUUGCAAACAUUUAUAAAUCUGACAAUUGUUAGAGCCAUUAUCGGGAAAAAUCUAUCAAAUGCUUUUGGCAUCUGGUCUGAAGUUUCCGAUCCAUCGGAAGAUAAAGAAUUCUUAGGUUAUGGAGUUUACCCAUCUGCAUCUUACUUCAACCAUAGUUGUGAACCAAAUAUAGUUAAAACUAGAAAGGGGGCUACAUUGGAAUUCACUACGUUAAGAGAUAUCAAUCCGGGAGAAGAAUUAUGCAUAAAUUAUGGUAAUUAUACAAAUGAACCAGUUGAAAUCCGAAGAGCUCAACUAAGUGAAUGGUUCUUUGAUUGUGGUUGUACAAAAUGUAUACGUGAAUUAAAUAGUAAUUAA